AAACCAGCGUUUGUGGAUGACAUCACCAAGCACCCGAGUGUCCAAAUAUCUCUCAUCUUUGCAUAUUCACUCAUAAUCCUGCUAGGACUUGUGGGUAACACCCUGGUGAUUUACAUGAUCAUUCUGUACAGAAACAUGCGUACGGUCACCAACUACUUCAUUGCGAACCUGGCCUUGGCUGACCUGAUGGUGGACACGGUGUGUUUGCCUUUCACGCUGGUUUACACGUUGUUGGACGAAUGGAAAUUUGGAGCAGUGAUGUGUCACAUGGUGCCUUACGGCCAAGCUCUCAGCGUCCACGUGUCCAUUCUCACCCUAACGGUCAUUGCUCUAGAGCGCUACAGGUGCAUCGUCUUCCACCUUGGCCAGCGCCUCAAUAGGUGCACCAGCUUCAUCAUCAUCGGCCUGACCUGGGCGCUCGCCGCCAUACUGGCUGGCCCGCUGGCUAUUUUCCGAGAGUAUCGCCAUGAGGAAAUCCCAUACAUUGACUUGCGGAUCUCGGUUUGCUCCGAGAAAUGGCCCAACAGCACCAAUCGGGACGCCGUCAUCUACAGUUUAUCAAUGCUUCUCCUGCAGUAUGUGGUUCCUCUGGCGAUCAUCAGCUACGCUUACGUAUGCAUCUGGAUCAAACUGAAG